AUGGCGCAAGCAGAGCAUGCCCCUCACAAACAGCACUCCUUCACACACUCGCAACCACCCCAUCUACCCGUCAGUCCGACAUCGCCUGGACAAGAGCAUUGGGAUGGUACAUGUAGGCAAGAGGCAUGGCAGGCCAAACAACCAACACGGCCAGCACCCGCGACACCGUCGAGUGAUGUCAACGCCCAAUUCGACCACAAUCGAGAGCUCUCCGAAAGCAGCAUCCAACAAUCGCCCAGCAGUUCACCUCCACGCGUGUCCGGAUUAGCCAAGAGGAAAGCAGUGCCUUCGACUCUCAUACAGCAUGGGCCAGAGGUACGGGUGCAAGGAACCCCGGCCAGUCCCGUCAGCAUAAACCCGCCACACUUUGGUCUUGUCGAGGCUGAGACGGCAUCCAUCAACCAGGCUCUUGAGGACGAGUCACGGCGGAACUCCAGACACUCGCAAACACCAGACUCUGCGCGUAUGGGACAUUCCGUCGCCGCACUACCCAUCCGGACCGCAAGCAAGCAGCCUCAUGGGUAUCAUGAAUACAGCAACUCGCACAGUCGGCACUCGUCCUUCAACAAGUCACGAAUAGACGAGGAUGUUGAGUACCAUACGCCGCAAGAAGGACUACCAGAAAGUCCAGGACUCCAGUACCAUCAUGCGAACGAAAUCAGGCCGAAAAACCGCGUCUCGCAGAUGACAACGCAGUCGGGUUCGAGCUCGUCCAGCGACAAUCAUCGUCGCUCACAGUCGGGCUCGGACAAGCUUGGUGUUCCAGCACGCACUGGACUUCAAAGGCCUGCUUCUGCGUAUACCCUCGGCUCGGAUCAUCGCGGUCGCACCUUAUCACCAUUUAGCGCACAAGGUUCAGAUCAAUCACCUGGCCCUUAUGGUCGAGAUUUGUCCUCGUCCCGGAGAUCACCCUCUGCCAGACCAGUCAGCUAUGUCGACUUGCUCAACAACCUGCCAUACAGCCAGCAGAUCGCACCGGGGCCCCCGCGCAACAAUGCCUCUCUCCAGAGUGCUGUCGGUAGUGCAGCCAGUCUGCUGGACACGAAGAAGACGCUUGAUAUGUAUCGAGCGAAUGUGAAGAAGACAAAGGAUCCGGCCAUUCAAUAUGAGUUUGCUAUCUUCAUGAUCAACGCCGCAUCAGAAGCAAUGCCCGGGGAUGAAAUCGAUCCGACUGAGCUGCAAACCGAAGCCAAGCACAUCUUGCAAGGACUGGCUAAUCAAGCGUAUCCUUUCGCGCAGUACUAUCUGGGAGAUGGCUACUUUUCAGGUAUGUUCAACAAAGGCAAGCCAGAUUACGAUAAGGCGUUCCCACUUUUCGUAGCUGCAUCAAAACACGGACACGCCGAAGCAGGGUAUCGUGCAGCUUUGUGUUACGAGUUCGGGUGGGGCACAGCGAAAUCGUAUCCGAAAGCUGUUCAGUUCUACCGUAACAGCGCGUCGAAGAACCACCCGGGUGCAGCCACGAGAUUAGGACUGGCAUGCGUGAAUAACGACAUGGGCUUGAAGAACACAUACAGGGAAGGGCUCAAGUGGUUGAGGCGAGCGCAGGAAAGUGCGGACUUUCAGUACAAUGCGGGACCGUUUGAGCUGGGAAAGAUGCAUUUGAAGGGCUUCGGAGAUGACAUCUUCAAGGACGAGGCGUACGCGGCACAGCUGUUGACACAGAGUGCGGAGCUUGGGCACGUACAUGCCAACUUCUUGAUGGGACAGGCGUACGAGAACGGGCUAUACGGCUGUCCUCGCGACGCGGCGCUCAGUGUCCACUUCUACAAUGGAGCAGCGACAAGAGGGCACGUCGGUGGUAUGAUGGCACUUUGUGCAUGGUACAUGAUCGGCGCAGAGCCAGUGCUGGAGAAGGACGAGGCAGAAGCUUUUGCGUGGGCGAAGCAAGCUGCUGAAACAGGCGACCCAAAAGCUGAAUACGCCGUCGGAUACUUCACAGAAAUGGGCAUCGGAUGCCGCCGGGACCCUCUCGAAGCAAAUAUGUGGUACGUCCGCGCCGCAGACCAAGGCAACGACACCGCAACGCAACGUCUCGCCAUCAUCCGCGCAGCCGCAUCCGGUGAUCCAGGCAUCCCAAUGGGCAAGACGGAAGCGCGAGCGAAGGAGCUCAAUGGCGGGAAGAAGAAGUUUAUGGGAAUCUUUUGA